CUUAAAGAGACAGAAAGAUCGAUUGGGCUGAAAUUCGUAAAAAGACCAGUCGCCCACGGAUUCGAGGCCGCCCUCUUCCUGUCUUUGAAAUGGACUCCAGGUGAAUCCCAAAGGGAAAGUCUCGGUCUGCGUCCUGCCCUCCGGGACUACAAGUCCCAAAGUGCUCGAGGUGACUUCGGUUCCCCUCCCCCCGCGGGACCCACCUCCCUCCAGCCCGAGUCACGUCGUCUAACCUGUUCCCGGCGCCAGCCCCGCCCCGUCCUCCGCUCCCCGCAGCUGGAGCCGGAGCGGGAGGAAGCCCCCCGCGCCAGGACCUGCCUCGGACCUGAGCUGACGUUUCCCAGCUGGGGCAGUGGAAGGCGAAGCGCUUGCACCAUCCUGCUCCCCGCCCUGGUUCCGGGGGCCGGGUCUGAGCAGCUCCCCCACCGCGCAGGCGCCCUGCUGCGACCGGCACCAUGGACAGCGAGGCUUUCCAGAGCGCGCGGGACCUCCUGGACUUGAACUUCCAGUCGCUGGCCAUGAAGCACAUGGACCUGAAGCAGAUGGAGCUGGAUACCGCGGCCGCCAAGGUGGACGAAUUGACCAAGCAGCUGGAGUCGCUGUGGUCAGAAUCACCAACGCCUCCUGGCUCGCAGGCCGGAGCCCCCGUUAGGCAAUCCCGGUACAGCUCCAGCCCCGUCCCCGAAUCCUUCGGCAGCAGAGGCUCCCCACGAAAGGCGGCCACGGACAGCUCAGACUCCCCUUUCGGACGCUCCGAGAGUGGCCCGGCCCUGCAUCCGUACAGCCCACUGUCACCCAAGGGCCGGCCGUCCUCGCCGCGCACCCCACUCUACCUGCAGCCCGAGGCCUACAGCAGCCUGGACCGCGCGCCCUCGCCCCGGCCCCGGGCCUUCGAUGGGGCUGGCAGCCCCCUGGGCCGUGCACCCUCCCCACGGCCGGGGUCCGGCCCUCUCCGCCAGCAAGGUUCCCCUGCGACCUUCGACUUCCUGAGCCGCGCAGGCUCCCCACGCGGUAGCCCUCUGGCCGAGGGACCUCAAACCUUCUUCCCCGAGCGCGGACCCUCGCCACGCCCUCCUGCCUCAGCCUAUGACGCGCCUGCUUUCGGGAGCCCCCUGCUGGGCGCGGGCGGCAGUGCCUUUGCCCCACCUCUGCGCGCGCAUGAUGACCUGACGCUCCGCCGGCGCCCCCUUAAAGCCUGGAACGAGUCUGACCUGGACGUGGCCUACGAGAAGAAAUCUUCACAGGCAGCGAGCUACGAACGCCUGGACAUCUUCGCGCGGCCUGCCUCGCCGGGCCUGCAGCUGCUGCCCUGGAGAGAGAGCAGCCUGGAUGGGCUGGGGGCCUCAGGCAAGGACAAUCUCACCAGCGCCACCUUGCCCCGAAAUUACAAGGUCUCGCCUCUGGCCAACGACAGGCGCUCAGAUGUGGGCAGCUACCGACGCUCACUGGGCUCCGCCGCGGGGCCAUCGGGCACCCUGCCCCGCAGCUGGCAGCCAGUCAGCCGCAUCCCCAUGCCUCCCGCCAGCCCGCAGCCCCGUGGGGCCCCGCGCCAGCGCCCCAUCCCCCUCAGCAUGAUAUUCAAGCUGCAGAAUGCCUUCUGGGAGCACGGGGCCAGCAGGGCCAUGCUGCCCGGGUCCCCCGUCUUCUCCAGAGCACCCCCACCUAAGCUGCCUCCCCAGCCCCAGCCCCAGCCCCAACCUCAGCCCCAGCCCCAGCCCCAGCCCCAGCCCCAGCCCCAGCCCCAGGCUCAACCACCCACGCCAGUUGCCCAGCCCCCCCAACAGACAUGGGCCCCUGUGAACGAAGGCCUCCUUAAAUCUCCCGCUGAGCUGGAGCCAGAGCCAGAACUUGAAGUGCUGCUGACCCCGGUGCUGGAGGCUGGCGACACAGAUGAAGGCACUGUCACUCGACCCCUUAGUCCCACGAGGCUGCAGCCAGCACUGCCACCCGAGGCACAGUCAGUGCCUGAGCUGGAGGAGGUGGCGCGAGUGCUGGCAGAGAUCCCUCGGCCCCUGAAACGCAGGGGCUCCAUGGAGCAGAGCCCUGCCGUGGCCCUGCCCCCCACCCACAAGAAGCAGUACCAGCAGAUCAUCAGCCGCCUCUUCCACCGGCACGGCGGGCCAGGGCCUGGGGGGCCUGAGGCAGAGCUUUGCCCCAUUACUGAGGGAUCCGAGGCCAGGGCAGGGCCCCCUGCUCCCGCCCCACCGGCCCCCAUACCACCCCCAGCCCCACCCCAGAGCAGCCCGCCGGAGCAGCCCCAGAGCAUGGAGAUGCGUUCUGUGCUGCGGAAGGUGGGCUCCCCUCGAAAGGCUCGGCGCGCGCGCCUCAACCCACUGGUGCUGCUGCUGGACGCAGCGCUGACGGGGGAGCUGGAGGUGGUGCAGCAGGCCGUGAAGGAGAUGAACGACCCAAGCCAGCCCAAUGAGGAGGGCAUCACCGCCCUGCAUAACGCCAUCUGCGGUGCCAACUACACCAUUGUCGACUUCCUCAUCGCUGCUGGCGCCAAUGUCAACUCCCCGGACAGCCACGGCUGGACACCGUUGCACUGCGCGGCAUCGUGCAACGACACAGCCAUCUGCAUGGCGCUGGUACAGCACGGCGCGGCCAUCUUCGCCACAACUGUCAGCGAUGGCGCCACUGCCAUCGAGAAGUGCGACCCCUACCGGGAGGGCUACGCAGACUGCGCCACCUACCUGGCAGACGUGGAGCACAGCAUGGGGCUGAUGCACAGCGGGGCAGUGUAUGCACUCUGGGACUACAGCGCCGAGUUCGGGGAUGAGCUGUCCUUCCGCGAGGGCGACUCGGUCACUGUGCUGCGGAGGGACGGGCUGGAGGAGACCGACUGGUGGUGGGCAGCGCUGCACGGCCAGGAGGGCUACGUGCCGCGGAACUACUUCGGGCUCUUCCCCAGGGUGAAGUCGCAGAGGAAUAAAGUCUAGCAGGACAGAGGACGUCUCUCAGGGAGACAAGAGCAUCACCUGCCUGUGCCCCAGACCUUAGACCCACCUCUCCGUUUAUGCUGCGCCCCUCACCCUGCAGGCCUGGGGCCUUCACCCCCACUCCCUGCUCCCCCAGAAGCCCAGGAGAGGAGAAUCCUAGCCUUAGGUUUAGGAACCUGCCUUAGCCAUGGAAAGUCCAGGGAAUGGGGCUGGAAUCUUGUUUUUUUUCUUUGUGGUACUGAGGAUUGAAUGCAUGGCCUUCAUACUAAGCUACAUCCCCAGCCUUUUGUUUAUUUUUUGUUUUGAGACAGGGUCUCGAUAAGUCACUACAUUGCCCAUGCUGGGCUUGAAUUUGCAAUCCUCCUGCCUCAGCUUCCUAGAGUGCUGGGAUUAUAGGCAAUUGCCACCAUGCCGGCUGGACUGUGAAUCUUUGGGGACAGGAUACUUCCUACAUUUGCCAAAUCAGAUCCAUCCAAAGUGCCUCCCACUCCUACUGCUAAUGGCCCAAACCCUGGCCAGCCAACGUGCCAUCCUAGCUGAGCCUGGGGUGGAUGACCUCAUCUCUUUAUUGCUCUGGGAGUCACCUCUGACCUCUUAUUUCCCAGUAGACUGGAUCAGGGUGGUGCACAUUGGUCUCUUCCAGGAUCCCUCUCCCCCCUCUCCCCAUUAAGUGCCUUCCCACAGUGCUGGUUUUAUGUGUAUAACAAGAUGGGGAAAGUUUUCCUCAUGAAUAAAAGUAGUUUAUUAACUUC